UGACCAAAAGUUGAGACAUAACUCUUUUGGCAUCUAGGUUAAUAUUAUUGUGUAUGUAUCAUGUUUAUAUAACAAGUUCAUCCCCUUUUUGCUGAAACAUAGAAGCAAUUGGUGAAAGAAGCAACACCCAACCCACCCAUACAUAUCAUAAAUCAUUCACUUCUAGAAAGAAACAACAACAGAUUCACAACUUUCCUUUUCUUGCCAAGAGUAUGGGUAGAGGGAAGGUACAACUAAGGAGGAUAGAGAACAAGAUAAACAGGCAGGUAACUUUCUCAAAGAGGAGAGGUGGCUUAUUGAAGAAAGCCCAUGAGAUUUCAGUUCUUUGUGAUGCUGAAGUUGCCUUAAUUGUCUUCUCCAACAAAGGAAAACUAUUUGAGUUUUCUACUGACUCUUGCAUGGAGAGCAUCUUGGAGCGAUAUGAGAGAUAUUGUUACUCCGAAAGACAACUAGUCGCAACAGAUGCUACUCCGAGAAGCUGGACCCUAGAAUACAACAAACUUAAAUCUAGGGCUGAGCUAUUACAAAGAAAUCACAGGCACUAUAUGGGUGAAGAUAUCGAGUCACUGAGCUUGAAAGAAAUCCAAAAUUUGGAGCAACAGCUUGAUACUGGACUUAAGAAUAUUCGUGCAAGAAAAGUACGAAAGCAUGCGCGCCUAGAGUAUUUAAUUAAUUUGUUACAAAUAGUAGUUUUAAAUCAUAGAUUAACUAGAAGUUUUGUCUUGCAGAACCAACUCCUGCAUGAAUCAAUCAAUGAGCUCCAGAAAAAGGGAAAGGCCAUACAGGAGCAGAACACUACUUUGACAAAGCAACUCAAGGAGAAGGAGAAAGACAAGACCAUACCGCAAAACACUCAAUGGGAACAACAUAACUAUGUGGACCAUGAUACAACCUUCUUCUUGCCACAGCCACAUCCCGCUCUCAACAUCGGAGGAGAUUACAACCAAGCUACUACUUCUGCUGCUAGUGGUGGUGAAGGAGCUGAUGGAAGGACCAGCCAGCUGGACCUCAGUCUGCAGCCAAUAUAUUCGCACCACCUAAGGUGCUUUCCGUCGUAAAAUGAUCUCAUGAGUCGUGACCUGCCAAUGCAUUAAUGAUUAUGAAUAAUGGUUUUGUUAAUGACAUAUUAACGAAGAAAGAACAAUAUUGAACCAUCAGCAAUCAAGUGAUCUAUGUACGAUAAAAUGGGAUCAACAUAAACACGUUGGAUGUUGAUUUAUUAUGUGCUGUGUGACUAUUUAUGGCUAUGUCUUUUGUUACUGAACCUAAUGCAUAUUGGGUUUGGCUAA